AUGGCAGAAAAAUUGUCUAUUCGAAAACAACGCUUUAUGCAUUUUGCAUCAUUGGAAUAUAAUGGAGAAUAUUACAUGACACCAAGGGACUUCCUAUUCUCAGUGAUGUUUGAUCAAGUUGGGCGUAAAUCUUCAGCCAAGAAACUGACAAAAAAGGAGGUAGAUGCUGCACUGGCAUGCGUUACAAAAGCUAAACCAGGACCAACCUUUUUUAGAGACCUUGGCGAUAAAGGACUGAUCUCAUAUACGGAGUACUUGUUUUUGCUGACAAUCCUCACAAAACCACAGUCUGGAUUUCAUAUUGCGUUUAAAAUGCUGGAUACUGAUGGCAAUAAACAUGUUGAGAAGAAGGAAUUCUUUAAGCUACAGAAAAUCAUUGGGAAGCAUGACGACUUCAAAACAGCUGCUGGAGAUGAAGCAAUAUUGCAGGAGCCAGAGCUGGAAGACUCAGAUGUUAAUACAAUGUUGCUGGUACACUUCUUUGGAAAAGCAGGAAAGGACAAACUUCGCUAUUCUGAAUUUUGCAGAUUUAUGGAAAAUUUACAAACAGAAGUGCAAGAAAUGGAAUUCAUACAAUUUUCAAAAGGCAUGAACUUCAUGAGAAAAGAGGACUUUGCAGAAUGGUUACUAUAUUUCACUCAUGAGGAAAACAAUGAAAUUUACUGGCAUAAUGUGAAAGAGAGGAUCCAGGCAGGAGAGAAUAUCAGUUUGGAAGAAUUCAAGACUUUUUGCAAGUUUACAAACCAUUUGGAAGACUUUUCUAUUGCAAUGCAAAUGUUUACAGUAGCCAAUCGUCCUGUUAAACGGGGUAAGUUUUACACAGUUUUGUGUACAUACCUUUAAAUGUAGGAGGAAAAUAUGCUGCAUAGAAAUCAGUGUAAAUAACUUCUCUUGAAUUAGUACUACAAACUCUGAAAACUAGUACUUGAUUAACUUUUAUUACAAAUGUGUUUACUGUACAUAAAGAACAUAUGCGCCCAUAACCACAAGUCAAUUUAAUUUCUAAAUACCAGAGUGUGCUGUUAUAUAUGAUUCAUAGAAUUACUCACAAGAGUCUGAAAUAUCAGUGAAUAGAUUUGAUUUAAAGAUUUUAAUGGAGAUGCUUACUUGCAUAGUAGGUUUAUGUUAAUAAAACCAUUAACUCUGAAGAAACUGACAGUAGGGGUUUGUUCUUGUAACAGGUUAUAACCCCGCUGUGUUUCUCGCUUGUUCGUUUCAUUCAUCACUUUCUCUGUUUUUCCCCAAAAUGUAUGUCUAUCAUUAUAUAUUAAUUGCUUAAGAAAUUUCUUCACAACCAAAUAUCAACAUUUUGAAGAAAGAAGCUGCUGUCAUUACUAAGAAUGACAAAUAUCUGCCUGUAGGAACUUUGUUCUUCUUUUUCAAAUAAACUCAUUUGUAACUGAA